AGGAAGUCUUCACGUACAUGGUAUUGGGAAAGUUUUGGAGCUCCGACCUUCGAUUGGAAGUUUACAUAUCAAGAUGAACAGUUAAUGAAAGAAAUGAUUACAUAUAUUGAUUCAAUCAUUACAGCUAUGAAUCCAGAUAAUUCUACCCAUAUAUCUCAACAAUAUCCAUGUCAAAAACGGCAAACGGAACUAACAGAUAAUUUUGAAGAUUAUUGUCAAUUAGUAAAUAGGCUUCAAAAACAUACAAAAUGCUCACCGCCAUAUUGUUUUGUA